AUGUUCGCUGAAAAGCAAGUGUAUAUCGGUUUAGUAUGUGGAGCAGUUAUUCUAAUUAUCGUAUAUAUUCAGUCGCGAUUAUAUAAUGCAAAACAUGAUAAAACAUUUCACAUAUCAUCGUUCUCGUCAAUAUCGUUACGCAAUGAGCAACGCCUAUUCCAAUUAAAACAGAAGUAUUUGUUAACAAAUUUAGAAUUAUUUUCUAUUAAUUCGACCAUUAGUAGUAACAACACCAAAAGAUUAAUUUAUCGAUGUAAACGUAUUUGCGGUGGUCUGGGUGAUCGUCUUCGUGGUAUCAUAUCUGGAUUUGUUUUAGCAAUACUAUCAAAUCGUCAUUUUGAAAUUGACAUGACAUAUCCUUGCGCAAUCGAGACAUAUUUAAAGCCAAAUCUGUAUAACUGGAUAUUGAAUAAUGAUAAACAACGAAAACCGUUACAAGUUUUUCUAUACGCAAUCGAUCAUAAUAAAGAAUUGAUGACUAGUCUAAGACGUACGAAUUUCAUUGAACAAUGGUUAAAAUAUGACGAUAUCAUAUUAAGUACAAAUAUUGAUAUGGUAACACCUGUAUUAACAAACAAAUUGAUAAAACACACUUCUUUAGUUCAAAUGAUAUAUGAAAAGAAGAUAAUUCCGACUAUGAACAAUUUAUUUCCAUUAUUAUAUGAAAUAUUAUUUAAACCAACAAAUAUCGUCGAACAUAAGAUUGAUAACAUUUUGAGGUUGGUUGCUAUACCGUUUGUUAUUGAUCCAUUGUGUGAACAUACUAUAACUAGGCCCAUCAGCUUUGAGAUUAACACAAUUAGAUUUUGCAUUAAUCGUCCAGAAUCCGGUCGAGGAAAUUCGGUAAAAAGUAUUUACCGUUACCGCGGUAAAAAGGCUUUUACCGUUGCCGACGUUGUGAUUUGUGUUCGUUGUUUAUGUUUAAGGUUAAAUCAUUUAGCUAAAUCAUCAUUGCUAUGUUUACAUAUACGAACGUAUUCAAAUCCAUCGAAUCCUCGUGAUCCGAUGGUACCGGAUCGCCUGCACACGGCCGAAGAUAUGUGCAAAUAUAUCGGCACUAAUUCGACAACAACAAUAUUAGAGAAAAAUAAACUUCAGAUAUUUGUUGCCAGUGAUUCAGCUAAAGCUGUUUCAACAAUUUUACAAUAUUUUCCUAAUCAAUCAUUGUCUGUGCCUGGACCGAUUGUCCAUAUUGAUAGACCAUCAGGCAAAGCCAACGUGUGCGAUGGAUUUUCUAAAGUAAUCAUUGAUUUUUAUUUAUUAGGCGAAUGUCAUACAAGUCUAUUGACAAGCAGUGGGUUCUCAGCAAUGGCUAAUCGUCGGCGAUUAAAACCGUACGAAAAUUUGUUUAUGUAUCAGUCAAAUAAACGAAAAAUAAUCAGAUGCGAUGAUUCUCUUAAAGAAACAAAAUGGGAAUCAAUUAAUAGCACUCAAUACAUCUACUGUACAGAACAAGGAAAAGUAAUUUCAUUCAAGCAUUGGUGA